AUGGAAAAGUACGCAUUGAUAGAUGAAGACGGAAUCUUGUCGUGGGACGAAAUGACCACUGAUGAUGAUAGAGACCAAUCUCCUCAUAGACUUCCUCAUACCAUUUCACAAGCUUUACCACCAACUAAAGAUGACUUUUAUGCCAACCAUUGCCAACAAUAUAUCGACUUCACCAACGAUAACCCCACUACCUUCCAUGUGGCGGAAUAUUUCCAUAAUCUUCUUGUCUCAGAAGGAUUUGAGUACAUUUGUGAAACAUCCCCUAUCACUGAAGAAUUGGCCAGGUCCAUUGAUCAGGGAGGGAAAUUCUUCAUCUCCAGAGGUGACUUGACUUUGAUAGCAUUUGUGAUAGGUCCACAAUGGAGUGAAAAGGAAGGGUUGUCGUUAGUAGGUGCUCAUAUCGAUGUGUUAACAGCUAAAUUGAAACCUUCAUCUACCAGACCUAUAAUUGAUGGUUAUGAGACUUUAGGUGUAGCACCAUAUUCCGGUGCCAUGAGUAAAGUCUGGCUCGAUAGAGAUUUGGGUAUUGGUGGGUCUAUUCUCGUGAAAGAAGGAGGUAGAGUAGUGAGAAAGACCUAUAAAUCUCCCGGUCCUAUAGCUAAAGUCCCAUCCCUCGCUGAACAUUUCGGCUUAGGGGACAUUGACUAUAAUCCCGAGACCCAAAUGGUCCCCAUUGUAGGAUACGUCUCUGAAACAGAUGAACCAAUAGAUGAAGCCAUCUUGAAACAUCCAUUAAGUGAUGACCAUCUGCCCAAAUUGCUCAAUUAUAUAGUCAAAACUUCUGGAAUUGAUAUCGACGAUAUUGUUGACAUAGAACUAGAGCUUUAUGAUACUCAGCCAGCUACCGUAGGAGGAUUGAACGAUGAAUUUCUCAUGGCCCCUAGACUUGAUGAUAGAUUAUGUGGAUUUCUGGCCAUCUAUGGAUUGAUAGAGUACAGUAAAAACCCUAAGGACGAUGAUUUGAGUAUGGUUUUGUUAGCAGAUAACGAAGAAAUCGGUUCAGCUUCAAGAUCAGGAGCUAAAGGACAGUUCUUGACUUCCACUGUUGAAAGAAUCUUACAUGUGAAGAAGGGUUUGAAAUCCAUAGUAUUUGCUAAUUCUAUGCUUCUUUCUGUGGAUGUUACGCACUGUUUGAACCCUAACUUUAAGAACGUUUACUUGGAUAAUCAUUUCCCUGUUCCUAACACUGGGAUCUCGUGUAAAUUUGAUCCUAAUGCUCAUACCAUGACUGACAAGGUAGGGUUCAAUAUCAUGAAGCAAAUAGCGGAAAAGUAUAAUGGGAAAGUUCAGAGGUUCCAAAUAAGAAAUGAUGGUAGAUCAGGAGGAACUAUAGGACCAAUGUUAGCUACCGAGACUGGUAGUAGAGUUUUAGAUUGUGGAUUACCUAUUUUAUCAAUGCAUAGUAUUCGAGCAAUGUGUGGAUCUAAAGAACCAGGAAUUGGGAUUGAAUGUUUCCAGAAUUUCUUUCAGUUCUGGAAAGAGAUCCAUGCUUCAUACAAGGGACUUUAA